GAAAUAUGAGAGGCCCCGUGUCCUUUCGGCGAUGACAGCAAUAAAUACGGUGGAUUUUAUGAGUUGAAGGACAGAAAUUUUGGUUCUUGGAAUCCCACGAAAUCACUUGUCUGGGUCUUUGGGGUAGACAGUACGAGAGUUUGGUGGGAGUUAGGCAAAGGAACAGGUAGACUUUUAUGGCACCUUUGUGACUUGUGUUGUUGUGACAUACCCACCACCUUUGCAAUCUAACGUUAAUGCAUUUCAUUUCACUAACCCAUCAUUCAUUUUCAGAUAAAUGUCCUUUUCUUCUCCCUCUUUUCUUAACCAAGACCCCACUUCCUUCUACUACUGCUAUUUCAUACUCAUCUAUUUCUCUCACUCUGCAUUCAUUUCUACACAGCACCCUAACACAUCCCACGUGGCUCAUAAUGUACUACAUGUUGUUCCCAGCAUCGUGUCAUUAAACAUUAAACAAGGGUCUAUUGGUUUUAUAUUUGGAUCUCAGUGCCUCUUUUUGGUGUCAUCAUCAUUCUAAUCUAACCAAUAUACUGCUUUGCUUUGCUUUGCUUUGCCACCCUUCCUCUCUCAAGGCCUCUCCAUCAAUCACUUAACAGCUGCCUCCCACUCCCCGUACAUGUUGUUUCUCUCCUUUGUGGGAAUUCACUGUGUGUAGAUGCUAACACAUUUUUAACGAGCAUCCUUCAUUAUUGUUUUGAGUUCUAUGUGGAAAGUGCUUUAACUAACCCAGCUGUGAAGCCUUGUCGGUUGUGUACUUACACAACUUCUUCAUUGAAACCAACUUGUGUCUGUCUAUUGAGGCCAUGAGUUAGGCAAAAUUGUUCAUUCGUCCAAAUCACCUCACCACUUUACUCUUCCAUUGGUGGAUCUUUUUUCUCUUUAAGAGGAAAUCAUUGGUUUGAUUUUCAGCUUUGCUGAUCUCUCUGCUAAAUUUCUAGACUUGGACCCUUCUGAUAUACAACCCCUCGGUUACAAUGCUUUACUUCCUCAUAUCUUUUGUCUCCUUUCUCAUCCUUUCCAAGUCCUUCACCAAUAAGCCUCUCUCGUCAGGGGAGAGUGGGACCAAAAUAGGGUCAACUGGGUUUUGGGGAAGCCUUUCAAGUUGGCUACUUUCUAGUCUCAGAAAAGGAAGCACAAGCACCCCUUGUAGUUUUUUUCGGUUUUCUCUCGUCCUGUCAUUCAAAAAUAACAGUUUAGUGUCGAAGGUGGAGAAUGAGGAAGAGGAGGGGAAGGUUUCUCUCUUGGAUUUGCCUGAUUUACCAUUGGAGUGUAUCCUUGGGCACCUUUCACCUGCUGAAUUAUGUAGUGUGGCAGCAGUGUGCACAUCUCUUAGGGAUUCAAGUAGAAGUGAUCAUUUAUGGAAGAAACACAUGGAGAGGAAAUGGGGCAAAGUGUUUGGUGAUGCUGCUUAUAGACAAUGGAAAUGUCAUGUAGCUUCCAAGACCAGAGAGAAGAUCUCAAACCAGAAAAAUCAGAAAGGAAUGUUUGCUUUCCUUCAUGGUGAUUUUCACCCCUUGUUUUGGAUGAAAGCAAAAUCAGAAAAGGGAACACAGUCAAGUAGCUCAUUACCGGAAGAUUCAUUCAUGGCUCUGUAUCUUUCUCUUGAGAGUGGCAAGUUUUGGUUCCCAGCUCAAGUCUACAACCGGGAGAACGGUCAUGCUGGGUUCAUGCUCUCAUGUUAUGAUGCCCAACUUUGCUAUGACUCUCGAUCUGACACUUUUCUGGCAAGGUAUUCACCUCAUGGGAGAUGGACAACUGAGGAAAACAUACGAUGGGACCGACUCAGAGUGCCACCAAUUGCCUCUUCUCCACAUGCUCUUCACAUCUCUGACUGUUUGGAUGACUUGAGACCAGGAGAUCACAUUGAGAUCCAGUGGAGAAGAAACAAAGAGUUCCCUUAUGGUUGGUGGUAUGGUGUAAUUGGUCAUUUGGAACAAUGUCAAGGGCAUGGGAACCAUUGCCAUUGUCACUAUAAUGAUAUGGUGAUUUUGGAGUUCACACAGUACAGUGCUGGAUCCAGAUGGAGACAAACCAUAAUAGAUAGGAAGCAUCAUAUAGAAAAAGGAAAUGAAACAGAUGGCUUUUAUGGAGGAAUCAGGAAGCUGCAUAGGAAUGAAGAAAUUACAAGGUGGAAGAAACUCUGGCCAACCAAAACUGUGCCCCCAAACCGUUUUCUCCUGCUCUCGUUCUGUCGUUCUCCAUAGGCGUUGUCGGUGUCAAAGUUUGUUCUUGUUCUCGCAUCAUCAGUUUCGUUGUGUGGCUCGUUGGCGGUGUAUCGGGCCUUUUUGGUUUGCAGUGAAGAAGCUUGCCCUGUACUACUGCUAUUGUUGGUGUUUCGUUAUUUUUGGGGUGCAAUGGGUUCAACAAAUGAGGACUUGCGUGAAAUUAGAAAGAACUACGUAAAGGACUGGAUUUUGGACAACGAAAACAUUGCAAGAAUGGAAGCGCUGCAUGAAUAUGGGUUUUUGGAGGAUUGUUAACAUUUGUUACAUCUUUAUAUGUAUUUUAAAUUAGCUUGUACCCUGUACAAAUGAAUUUAUAUGUAACAUGACAUUGGUAAUUAUUUGUUGAUCUCCACCAAUAUAUAUA